AUGGCCCAAGAAGGAUCCCUCGACACAGUGUCUAUUCUCCAGGCCAAAUAUGACUACUGCUACAACAACAAUCGACAGAGCAACGCCUCAAGUCGCGCAAGCACCCUCUCAGCCGCUAAUUUCGUCCGGCUGCCGCUUACCUCCAUGCGACACGGAAGUCUUCGAUGGCGACUACCUCCGAUGGCCCACUUUCCGGGACCUAUUCACGGCAAUUUACAGCAAUAUGACAGCGUGAUCCAGGAGUACCUGGAGCUGGGUCAUAUGAAAGAAGUUCCGCCGACUCACAAUUCUCCCUCGUAUCAUCUUCCUCAUCACGCGGUAGUUAAGCCCGAAAGCACCACUACAAAGCUUCGCGUUGUAUUCAACGCUUCAAGUCCGUCGGCAAAUGGGACCAGCUUAAAUGAUAUCCUUCAUGCUGGUCCAGACUUACAAUCCGAUCUAACGAUCCAGGUCCUGAAAUGGCGUUAUUUUCAAUACGUCUUCAGUGCAGACAUUACGAAAAUGUAUCGUCAGAUCUGGGUCGAUCCAAAACAUACCCCGUUUCAAAGAAUUCUGUUCCGAAACAAGGAAGGAGAUAUCCGAGACUUUGAACUAAAAACAGUUACCUUCGGUGUCAACUGCGCCCCCUUCCUCGCCAUUCGAGUCUUGCAACAGCUGGCAGAGGAUAUCCAAGCGCCAUUUCCAAAUGCCAGCCGCAUCAUCCAGCAGCACAUGUACGUCGACGACGUUCUGGCAGGGGCGAAUUCCGUAAACGAAGCCCAAAGUUCGAUUCGAGAGUUGCAAGCAGCCCUAAGUGCCUCCGGGUUUCCGCUAAGAAAGUGGACCUCGAACAACAAAAGCAUCCUUAAAGACGUCCCGGCCGAACACCUCCUUCAUAGCGAGUUCCUUGACAUCGAUGCCGAAAGCACUGCCAAGACGCUCGGUAUUCGGUGGAGGAUCCGCGUUCCGAGAUGGAUCUGGUACCAGCCUGAGGUAAUCAUAGAGCACCACGGUUUCUGUGACGCGUCUCAGAGAGCCUAUGGAGCGGCUAUAUACAUCCGCGUCGAGAUGGGGCAAAAGAUCCUGACUCGCCUGCUUACAGCCAAAACACGAGUGGCCCCGGUAAAAACCGUCUCCCUUCCUCUGCUAGAGCUCUGUGGUGCCGUGCUGUUAACCGAAAUGGUGACAGCAAUCCUUCCGCACAUGCCCUCCGCCAAUUCAGAUAUCCGCUGCUGGACAGAUUCCACAAUCGUCUUAGCCUGGCUAAGAAAGCCUGCGUGCAACUGGACCACAUUUGUGGCCAACAGAGUUGCCAAGAUCACGCAGGCGACGCCAGUCGACUGUUGGGCACACGUUCGCUCAGAACAAAACUCCGCCGAUCUAGCCAGUCGAGGCGUAUUCCUACAUGAAUUGGCAGAAAACCAUCUCUGGUGGCACGGACCAGAGUGGCUGCAAGGGCCACGAGAGCUAUGGCCAGCACAAAGCGACACUCUUCCAGUGACAGAGCUAGAGCAGCGCGCGGUCAAAGUGCAUUUUGUCAAGGCCCCGUCCAUCGACUUUCUCGAACGUUUUUCCAAAUUGGACAAGGCCCUGCGAGUUCUGGUCUGUGUUCAACGCUUCCUUAAACGCUGCCGCAAAGGUUCGUUCUUGCCCAAUUCACGGCCUACAAGUGAAGAGAUCCGGGAGGCAGAACGAACUCUGACCUCCAUUGCGCAGCGCAGACCAUAUGGCCAAGAGCUUCAGCAUCUGACCGAGAAAAGGCCUCUUCCAGUGUCAAGUCCUUUGGUGAAUUUGUUCCCGUUCAUUGACCAACAUGGCCUUUUAAGGGCGUGCGGCCGUCUCACUGCCUCCAAAACCCUGCAAUAUGAUGAACGUCAUCCGAUUAUUCUCCCCUAUGACUGUAGACUGUCGCGCCUCAUCGUCCAAUUUACCCACCAGAUUACUCUUCAUGGCGGUAGUCAAUUGAUCGUACGCCUGAUCCGAUCGAAGUAUUGGAUUCCUAAAAUCAAGAAUCUGGUGAAGGCUGUGGUCAAUCCGUAUUUGCUGGCCCUCACACCAAGCCAUUUCCUUAUUGGAGGGCCGUUGCUUUCCACGGCGGAACCCAAGAUAAAGGGCGAAGCCAAGUCGAUAAUAAAUCGAUGGCAACACCUCAAGGCACAACAUCGGCAGUUUAGUGCACGGAACCUCCAAGCCGACGAUAUGGUAGUUGUCAAGAAGGACAAUCUACCACCGAACGAAUGGCGACUCGGCAGAAUCGUUUAUGCCUUUCCAGGAGCCGACGACCGCAUUCGAGUCGUUGAGAUCCGUACGUCUCGCGGCACCAUAAAACGCCCUGUCCACAAGGUUAUUCUUCUACCGAUGGAGGACAAAGAGUCCUCCGUUCCUAGGGAUUAG